CACGAGUUCGUUACAGGCAGUAAAAAGACCUAAACACCAUGAUGUCGUUAGCCCUGUUCCUGGCCACCUUGCUUGCUGUUCUGGGACUAGCGCCUGGUCAAGUCGUACGGGGGACCUGUCCCACUGUGGAUACACAACCUGACUUUAACAUCACUCAAUACCUGGGUGACUGGGUUGAAGACAGAAAAUUCACCACCCUGUUUGAACUCGGACUAACGUGUGUUAAGGCGAACUACGCAUUAUUGGACAAUGGAAAUAUUCAAGUUACCAACAGCGGGAUCAGACCAUUUACACGCACCCAGACCAUAGCCAGUGCCAUUGCCACCGUGCCCGAUCCCUCAGAACCGGGCAGGCUUUCCAUCUCAUUCGACGCUGAUAGACCUUCGGGUUCUUACUUGGUAUUGGACACCGACUAUGACAAUUAUUCCCUUGUCUACUCAUGUCAGAAUUUCUUUGGCCUCUUCUCGGCAGAGUUUGCGUGGAUUCUGAAGCGUAGCCGAGGUUACCAGUUGACAGCCAGUCAAGAGGCGAAACUCUACUCCAAACUAAAUAAGUACAACAUCAACCCAAGACGAUUCGUCAGGGUCUUUGAACCAUUUUGUUCUCAACGCUAAUGGCACCGUCUGUCAUUGACUCUAUCUUAGUGACUAACUGGCGACUUUCAAUCAUGUGUGCUAAAUGUGGGAGUACUCUAUCUUCUUGAUGUUUAAUAAGACUUGGAAUUAUAUCCAUAGGUUUGAAGUACUAAGUUGUACUCAACAAACUCAGCUAUCACUUUUUGUCAUUUCAAAAACAUACUUAUAUAUACAGGAAAUCUCUACACGUUAUGUAUACUUUUCUAAGACUGAAUUGAUUAAAUAUUACAGAAAUAUUAAUGUCCCUUUACAAUAAAUAUAGGAAUUACACGGAGUUCCUCAUUUACACAAGAAUAGACAUAUGUUUAAUACGUUAAUAUCUAAGAUGGGCACCUUUGUUCUGUCGUCCCUGAAGUGUCAUACAUUGUCGUAAUUCACCAAGAGCGAAGAGUUGGCCAAUGUAAAACUCAGAAUAAUUAGCACAGAUCAUUGUAAUCUUACUCUUUGAAUGUAUGGCUGUAAGUUAUCCCUCCACAUUAAUUCUUACAUUUUCUUCUCAUUAUUAAGUGUAAGACUCAUUUUGAGAAUAUCCACAUUUUUGUCACGCCUGCAUUUUGUUAAGAUUAAUAAACAUUGACGUACACA